AUGGCUUCUGAAGUACUGACUGAACGACCACUGGCUAACCCAGCUGCCAUUGAAGUGAAUGAGGCCACUCAACAAUCUAGGCCGACCUCCAUUUUGGAGGUAGAAGAACCUCGCGAUGAUGAAGAGAACAUUGUCUAUCCGACUGGGCCGAAACUCUGGUCGACUAUGGCUUCAAUGGCAAUCGCAUGCUUCCUCAGCGGACUUGACCUCACUAUUGUCGCUGUAGCUGUCCCAAGCAUCACAGACGAGUUCCAAACCAUCGCGGAUAUCGGAUGGUACUCAGCUGCAUAUGGCAUGACCCUCAGCGCCUUUGUCUUCUUCUUCGGCCAGAUCUACACCCUCUUCUCCAUCAAAGCCGUCUUCCUAAUCGGCAUAGCAACAUUCGAAAUCGGCUCUCUGAUCUGUACUCUCGCACCCUCUUCCGCAAUCUUCAUCCUCGGCCGCGCAGUCAGCGGUCUUGGACGAGGUGCCAUUAAUGGCGGUCUCUUCAAACUCCUUCGUCAAUGUUUCCCACUAUCCAAACAGGCUAUUACCAAUAGUUUCUUUGGCUCGAUUCAGAGUGUUGGACUUAUCACUGCGCCUACUAUUGGCGGUGUGUUAAUCGAUGCGUUUUCGUGGAGGGCUUGUUUUGGUGUUAAUUUGCCUCUUGGUGUUAUGUGUCUUGUCCUAACGGCUUAUGGAGUUCAUGAACAGCCUCCGCGCAAUGAUGCGCCUGUUCUUACCCUGAAGGAGAAGAUCAAGAAGGUUGAUUUCUUCGGCACGUUGCUAGCUGUACCGGCUAUUACUUUCCUCCUCAUGGCACUGCAAUGGGGAGGGACAAAGUUUGGCUGGGGAAGCUGGCAGAUUAUCCUUCCUCUUGUUGUUUGCGCUCUUCUAUUCGUGGCGUUUGGAUACUUGCAGUAUCGUCAAGGUGACAAUGCUCUGCUACCGCCAAGGAUCUUGAAGCAAAGGAGUAUCAUCGCAGGGAUGUGGUAUGGGGCGUGCUGUGAAGGAGUUUUGGCCGUGACUGAGUACUACAUGUCUAUCUACUUCCAGGGCGUCCGUGGGUAUUCACCUACAAAGGCAGGUUUGCUUGCACUGCCUAUGGUCGGCGGCCUGGCUAUCGCGUUCAUCAUUUCUGGUGUUGGAACUACAUGGAUCGGAUACUAUUACCCAUUCAUGUUGGCUACGAGUGUCCUCACACCCAUCGCAUCCGGCCUUCUCACCACUCUCGAUCUCGAAGAACAAAUCGCCAAAGCCGUUGGCCUCCUCACCUUUCUCGGCUUAGCAGUCGGUCUCGGUCUUCAAGGUCCCCAAGUAGCCUUGCAAGCCGUUCUCCCCAUCGAAGACGUGUCUCUCGGUGGUGCAGUCAUCACCUUUGGGGCAGGAAUGGGCUCUGCCUUAUGGAUCUGCGCCUCUGCAACAUUAUUCCAAGACCGUUUGUCAAAGGAAAUCCAGGAUGCUGCUCCGGGGACUAACACUACCCAUAUUCAAGAAGCGGGUCUAUCUAAGUUGAGGGAGUCAAUUGGACCCGAUAGGUUGAAGAGCGUGUUGUCAGGCUACGAGAAUGCUGUUGUCCAGACGCUAUAUAUCCCAUUGGCACUGGCGCUACCUAUCAGGGCCGCCCCUGUAAAAGAAGGUACAGCUCUUCCGAGGACUCUCAUUGAGCGAGCUGCGUCGAAGCGAUCUGGAAUCAUCAAAUCAGCCUGCUGGGAAUGUCGGAAACGAAAGGCAAAGUGCAAUGGACAAAAGCCAGUUUGCGUCAACUGCUCGAAAUACGACCGAGAAUGCGUAUAUGAUUCUGAUAUUAGGGAGUCGCGAGUCAGGGGCUUACAAAAGGCGAACGAGAAGCUUGAAGAAGAGUUGCAAGCUGCCAAGUUGCUGCUGAGGCAGAUGGCCAAUGGCUCUGCUCAUUUGAGAGAUGUUGUGUCAGGACUGCUGGAGGAUGACAAACAACCGACCGAGAUAAAGCAGUUGUUGGAAAACGGUGAGCGCACCAACCUCGAGAUUGGCGAUGCGGAUAAUGGACGACUUUCGACCACAUUGAACGACACAACACUAGGGAGGGUUGCCAGUGGCACUCCAGGGAUAGGUGAUCCGUGCUCGUUUGCUGUGGAGGAGUCCGGAUCUCUCAAUGCAGAGAUACCAAUCAUGCAGCAAGAAGAGUCUUCUUCAGAUGGUGACUCCUACAUUAUAAUGGAGGCUGAAACAUCGGCAGUUUCCACCGCUGGUUCUUCCAUACUCUCUGCUUCUAACUACUCGUCUACUGAGCUGUCACCUGAACAUGCCCAAAUCAACACUCCAUCUUUUAUAGACAGUAGCAACGACACCCUUUUUUAUUCAUCACAGAUCUCAUAUUCUCAAUCCUCAAUGCCGUCGGCCAGGAAGGCUCCAAUCAAACAGUUACCUGUCUCAAAUCAACAGGACUAUCGCGAGGAUGUGCUCACGGAUACGACGAAAAGCAGAAGUUUGUUCUUCCAGCCGCUGUUCAACCACAACGAUUACUUUCUUACGACCUCCAUCACUACACCUAUGCCACAAGAUAUAGGCUCUACGAAUCUGAGUGUUAGCAACGAGUAUUUUGAAAUACCAGAGAACAUCACAACGAACGUGCAAGAUGGCAUCCCAAACAGCUAUCUCUCAACGAAACCGAGUAGUCCAGUCUACGCAACAAAGGAGGAGCUUCAAGACACAGCGCUCAGAAUUCACCCGAAUUACAAGAACCACUUUGGAAACCUUGCACUAUCGAAUAGUAUCAGAGCCAAUGGAUAUCCUCGACAUAUACAAGACGCCCAAAUACGCAACAUCUUCGUGCCAAAUUGGGCUGCCACGACACUCAACACCGAACUGGACCCGGGGGACAUGAGCAACGCAUUCAGCGACAUUUACCAAAAGGCCACAAGUCUACUAAAGAAAGGCGAGCCUGUAAAUCGAGUCAUCGGAGACCAUCCAAAUAUUGCGGCAUUGUACGAUCAGGAGCAGUUCGACAGGUCGUCUUUGUUAUCUCAAUGGGCAGCUCGCAUGGUUCAUAGCGUGAAAUGUCAGGGAUAUGAUUUUACCUGUUUUGCAUCCAUGAAUGUCUUUUGGUACAUGAUGCGAUGGAUGAUCGACCCAUCACCAGAAACAUAUGCCGCGAUGCCAGAAUGGAUCAGACCAACUGCAAAUCAGCUCUUCACACCUCAUAUCAGCAUGGCUGAUUUCGUCCUCUGGCCCGCAUUCCGCGAGCUGGUAGUGCAGUUCCCGCAACUUCAAGAGCGUAUGGCGUGGCUUGCGGAUAUGUCCAUGCAUAUCAGGUGCGAGUGGCCGUAUGCGCUGGAAGAUGCGUUGAAGCCAGACCCAAUUAAUGGAACUGUUGAUCUCGUGAAUCUGGCCAAGGAGCAUGUUGGGAACUUAGGAUGUUGGUCUGUCGGGCCUUCAUUUAGAAAGUUGGUAAUGAACGCAGAUGCGUACCUUCAAAUUAGGAAUGAGGAAUGA